GGCUCGUGUAAGCGGAGCGGGGACACUUGCUGCGGACACAAGAGACAGAGACAGGAGACGCCGCUUCGGACCGACGAAACAGAUCACUUUCGCUCGACCCACAACACCGCAACAUGUCUUCAAAGUGCCCCAAGUGUGACAAGACGGUGUAUUUCGCUGAAAAGGUGUCAUCGCUGGGGAAGGACUGGCACAAGCUGUGUCUGAAGUGCGACCGCUGCAACAAGCUCCUGAACGCCGGAGGCCACGCUGAGCACGAUGGACGACCCUACUGCCACAAACCGUGCUAUGCUGCCCUCUUUGGGCCGAAAGGCGUGAACAUCGGUGGCGCCGGCUCUUACGUGUACGACGCUCCAGCCAACAACAACGCGUCUCCCACCAGUGUGGAUUCGGUCCCCAAAGCGGAGGAGAAGCGAGUGUUUGCACCAAAGGCCGCCCCGAAGGCUGCUGGCGGCAUCACCACCUUCUCCGGAGAGGCCAACUUGUGUCCCCGAUGCAACAAGAAGGUGUAUUUUGCUGAGAAGGUGACUUCACUUGGUAAAGACUGGCAUCGACCGUGUCUGCGCUGUGAGAGGUGCAGCAAGACUCUGACUCCUGGCAGCCACGCAGAGCACGACAGCCAGCCCUACUGCCACAAGCCGUGCUACGCGGUCCUCUUCGGGCCCAAAGGCGUGAACACUGGUGGUGUUGGCAGCUACAUCUAUGAAAAGGAGCCCAGUGCAGUGACCCAGCCUUGAACCUUGUGCCCCCCCCCCGCCCCCAGCUUCAUCCCUCUUCUCUUCACUGCACCAACCAUCAACGGCAGUAUUAUUCGUGGGCCGUUCUUCUUCCUCCCACCUGUGCGCUCGUACCCGAGAGAACCAGAUCCUUUUUCUCCUCUAUUCUGUAAGCCGCUCCCAGCUGAUUUAGACCCACGAGGAACGAUCGAUACGUGUAUUCGCAGCGGGAGAGCCACAGCCAGCAUUCCCACAGCUUGUUACAAACCUUUUCUCCGUUUUUCUUUCUCCCCUGUUAACACAUUUCUAAAUGUAUGUGAACACAUUUAGAUGUUGUCAGUUGAAUACAAAGGUCUUUAUAUAUCAAUUUUGAACCCAGGAACCGCGCGACGGACUGUCUGUUUCAAGAAGAAGUUUGUUUAACAUUAAAUGUGAUCAGAGUGAUUGUCGAGUUCGGUAAGGUGCGUUGGCGGUUGAGGUGCAUUGUGGGUAUUGGUGCAGCAGGAGGAAUUGCCAUGAUGCUGCCUCCGGCACAGGUGGUGCUUAGGAGCACGGUGCCACACAUCUGUAUUUUGUAAAUGUCACAUUUACAUUUUGGCUGCUUGACAACAUUCCAAAUGUAAAAAAAAAAAAAAAAUCAGACAAAAAAACGUCCCGACAACAUAUUCUAAAGACACGGAAACAGAUUUUCAACACAACCAUAAGCCUGAACCAUAGAUGUUGUUUUACUUCUGAGCUUAUGUCGGUAACCUGUUUGAUUUUAAAACUAAGAUCAUCUGCUAGUAAAUAACACAAUCGCCUGUUUUUAAAGUGGGACAGAAUGUGGGUGCAGUCGUGCGAGCAGAGGACAGAAAUGCGUAUUUAUACCUUCCAAUCAAGCCCUUAAGUUACACAGCCGUCGUACCGUUACCCUCUCUGAUUAUGAAGGAGGUCAAACGAGGAGAUGUAAGCUGCAUAAACUUUACGAUCUAGACUUUUAUUGUUCAUUUCAAAUAAGUAACACUGCUGUUAUUUUAUUUUUUUUGCGAGAUGACGCACUAUUUGAAUUAUUUUAUUUCUUGUUGUUGACAUUAGCAGGAACACCUGCUUAGCUUGUAGAAACACUGCAGACAAGUCAUUCUGUAAGAAUGUGCCUCCUAGUUUUACUGUUACCCUGUUUGUUUGAUACCUGUAGUCGGGCUCCGUAGACACUGCAGGGCCCACCGUCUGUAACCGAAGCACUGCAUCCCUCUUUUUAAUCCCUUGAAUAAAACGAAACACUAGAUCUGUGUUGAUGCAA